AUGCAGAAUUUCUUCUCAGAAGUUUAUAAAUACACAGAUAUCAAAAAUAUAUCCUUGUCAUUCUCGAAAAAAGGCAUAAAUACAUCGUUGUCAUUUUCAACAAACGCCAGUGUUACAACAGUUAUAAAAUAUUCAAGUAAAAAGUUUAUGACAACAACAGUUAGUGUGCCUUUCAACAGGUCUCAUUUUAAAGGAAAAGGAUUUGAUGAAUCGUUUUCAAAAGAAAAUAUCGGUAGUACAUUGUCAAAUAUUUCUUCUAUAUUUCAAGUAAAGGAAGUUAGCUGUUCGGCCAUUUUUAAUGCUUCCGAGAAAGAAAUUUCUAAAGCUAAAAGAAUAACCAAACGUGUUGGAAAUUCAAUUUCUGAUGAAAAGUAUAUUAACCUAACAUAUAAUUGUACAAGUUUUAUAGCACAAAGAGGAUAUAUCAUGUCUUCAUUGACAGAGGAGGAAGAAAACUUUCCUCUCGCAUUUUCGAUUUCCACCUACACAGGUGCGGAAAUGUUUGAGCGCCUUUUAAGGGCAAUAUAUCGCCCGCAAAACUACUAUUGCAUUCAAGUGGAUAGAUCUGCAUCUGAAAAAUUCUUCAGGGCUGUGUCUAGUAUAGUAGACUGUUUCCCUAACGUGUUCCUCGCCAGCAAAAGAAUCGAUGUCAUUUGGGGAGAGUUUACCGUCCUCGAGACAGAGCUGAUCUGUAUGAAGGAUUUAUGGCAGUUCCCAAAGUGGAAGUAUUUUUUUACGCUCACUGGUCAGGAGUUUCCUCUGAAGACGAACUUUGAACUUGUGAAGAUUCUUACUGCCUACCAAGGCGCCAAUGAUGUGAUGACUACGGUGAAACAUGCAAAUCCAGAACGAUGGUACAAUACACUUCCCCCUCAUGGAUUAAAACCGGUUAAGGGAUCCGUCCAUAUCAUUGUUAACAGGGAUUAUGUUGGCUUCAUCCUGCAAAAUCGAAUAUCCUAUGAUCUUUUGAACUGGACAAAAAAGACAUUUAUACCUGACGAAACAUUCUUCGCGAUCCUUAAUGCAAACCCCCAACUUGGCAUUAAAGGAACAUAUAAAGGUGAGCCUGAACACUCAGCAACGAGACCCUUCCUAGCACGCUACAAAGUCUGGGAAUGGGACCCAAUCCCCUGUGCUGGGAAAUACGUUAGAGAUGUUUGUAUCCUUACAACAGGUGAUCUGCCAUUACUGGGCCAGGCCAAGGAAAUGAUCGCUAACAAAUUUUUCUUGGACUGGGAUCGUGUUGUCAUAGGAUGCCUUGAGGAGAAAAUCUUUAACAACACCAGGGAUGAGUAUUUGGGAAUUAAAACUGUCAACACUUCUUAUUACUCCAACCUGGAUUUUGUGAAAAACCAAGUGACAUAA